CGCUCCCCCUGUUUCCUGUCCUCCUGAGAUACAGCAGGUUGUAGACCGGUAUGCUGAUCUGAUGCAGGAGCCCUUUGGGUUACCCAACCGUCCAACCAAGCAUCGCAUUGAGCUAUUGCCUGGAGCGGUCCCUCCCAAGGGCCGCAUCUACAGGAUGUCCCCUGCUGAGCUUGAGGAGCUCAGAAAGCAGCUUGAGACCCUGACCAGCAAGGGCUGGAUCAGACCCAACACUUCUGAAUUCGGUGCACCCGUUCUCUUUGUGCCCAAAGGGAAUGGCGAGUUCAGAAUGUGCAUUGACUACAGGGGUCUCAAUAAGAUCAUUAGGAAGAGUACAGAGCCACUUCCUAGGAUCGAUGACCUUCUGGAUAUGGUGCAGGGCUGCACAGUGUUCAGCAAAGUCGACCUCAAAUCUGGCUACCGCCAGAUUGAGAUGGCAGAGGAGGAUGUCUACAAGACAGCCUUCAAGACCAGCAGAGGGGAGGAGCGCUUGUGCAUUCCCCAGGACCAGCGGCUCAGGACGCUACUGAUGUCAGGGUUUCAUAACGCCCGUGGACAUUUUGGGUUCCUAAAGUCAUAUGCAGCCCUGUCGCAGCGCUUCUUCUGGAAGGAGAUGCGGAGUGAUAUGCUGCGCUAUGUGGAAAUCUGCGAGCUCUGCCAAAGGAAUAAGGUCCAGCGUAGGCCUCCUUUGGGACUGCUCAAACCCUUACCCAUACUUGAUGGCCCUGCUGAAUCUGUGUCGAUCGACUUCACAGAUUUAGGCAAGACCACACCUCGUGGCAUGCGCCAGGUUAUGGUCUGCGUGGACAGGUUCUCCAAAUACGCAGAGUUCAUCCCCUUGCCAGAAGUGGCCAGAGUUCCAGCUGUGAGAGCAGCCUUUUCAGAGAGGUGGGUCACACACCAUGGACCGCCCACUUCUAUAGUCAGUGACAGAGAUCCCCGAUUUUGCAGCGAUGAGUGGCAAUCCUACUGUAAGGACUAUCUGCACUCACGAUUGGACAUGACUUCUGGUCAUCAUCCUGAAGCCAAUGGUAAGGCUGAAGUGAUGAACCAAGUCUUAUUCCAAUUGCUGCGCCCUGUCAUCUCUCCAGAUCAGCAGGACGAGGAUCUUCACUUGGCUCGAGCACAACUUGUGUAUAACAUGUUUGUCCAUUCCUCGACCGGGUUCAGUCCAUACCGGUUACACUGGGGACGUGAACCACGACAGCCUCUUGAUGGCAUCAUCGAUAAGGCCAAGUCUGCUCUGACUCCAGGCACUGCAGAGUUCACCAGACGCUACCGCAAAGAUGUGGAAAGAGCACGGGCGAACUUGUUCAAAGCCCAAAAAGCGAUGAUUGAACAAGCUAAUCGCCACAGGCAGCCUUCCCCCAUCCGCACUGGUGAUCAUGUCUGGGUAGCCAGUUCAGAGUUGUCGAGGGAGGAGGAUAUCUCCCCCAAGUUGUUGCCUCGUUAUUUGGGUCCAUGGCAGGUCUUAGAUACAGUGGGCACCGAUCCAUUCCGUCCGUCCUAUGUCAUUGACGUCCCUCUGCAUCUACGCACCUACCCGGUCUUUCAUGCAUCCAAGAUGUUGCCAUUUACUCGAGCUGAUGCAUUCCCUGACCGGCCCCCUCAGUUUGGUCCACCGAUACCUGGCAAGGGAUAUGACGUGGAGUGGAUUGAGGAUGAGUGGGGCAUAGACCUCGAUCGGCAGUAUCUUGUGAGGUUCACAUUCCAGCCUCCUUCAAAGAACAGAUGGUUCUACAGAAGGGAACUUCUCAAGACAGCAAAGUCAGUUGUUUUGCGGUAUGAAGCGGCUCAGAAGGGCAACCUCCCUCGUCGUUCACCUCGCCUCCAUCCCUAGCUCGGAGGUCCUCGCUCCCCGAGGGGGUAAGCUUGCAAUGACUUGCUGAUUUCGACUGCCGAGACUGAUUUGCGAGGUUG